CUUUUCUUCUGAUAUAUAUCUCUCCAAGCUAACCUUCUUAUAUCCUUUAAUUCAAUUUGUGUUGUUUCACAAUUCAUUUCCAUUCAAUCUCUCACCACACCCAUACUUCAAUUAUUUGACCAAAAAAGAAGAUGGGAAGAAGCUCCUCAUCUGCCGAGGAGGAUGGCAAUGGUAGUGACGUUGAAGAUGCUUCACUCUGGGCGGAAAUCGAGAGGUUGCCAACGUUCAAACAGUUAAGGUCGUCGUUGUUUGAUAUUACUAACGACAAAGGAGAGGUGAAAAAGAAAAGGAGAAGAGUUGUAGAUGUUACUAAACUUAGCAACGAGGAGCGUGGUUUAUUUAUUAAGAAACUCAUAAAAAACAUUGAGGAUGAUAAUGUUAAGCUCUUGACUAAAGUUCGAGAUAGAAUUCACAGGGUUGGUGAGAAAUUUCCAACAGUGGAAGUGAAGUAUAAAAAUGUGCAUAUUGAAGUAGAGUGUGAGGUUGUUCAUGGGAAAGCCAUUCCAACACUUUGGAACUCUCUUCAAAGCAAGCUUUAUGAGAUCAUCAAAUUUUGUGGUGUAAAGUCCAAUAAAGCCAAAAUUGACAUAAUUGAGGAUGUGAGUGGAAUUAUAAAGCCUGGAAGGUUAACUUUGCUACUUGGUCCUCCAGGGUGUGGGAAGACCACACUACUAAAGGCCCUUUCUGGAAAUCUUAACAAAUCUCUCAAGUUUAGUGGAGAGAUUUGUUACAAUGGGCAUAAACUUGAAGAAUUUGUCCCCCAAAAGACUUCAGCAUAUGUUGGUCAGCAUGACCUACAUAUUCCUCAAAUGACUGUAAGGGAAACCCUAGAUUUUUCGGCCAGGUGUCAAGGCAUCGGAAGUCGAGCAGAUAUAAUGAAGGAGAUUAUCAAAAAGGAGAAGGAACAAGGGAUUAUUCCAAAUACUGAUAUUGAUAUUUACAUGAAGGCCAUUUCUAUUGAAGGACUAAAACAAAGUCUUCAAACUGACUACAUACUCAACAUAUUUGGACUUGAUAUUUGUGGAGACACUCUAGUAGGGGAUGCCAUGAGAAGAGGUAUUUCAGGUGGUCAAAAGAAAAGAUUAACUACAGGGGAAAUGAUGGUUGGUCCAAACAAAGCAUUGUUCAUGGAUGAAAUAACAAAUGGAUUAGACAGUUCCACUGCCUUCCAAAUCAUUUCAUGCCUACAAAACCUAUCUCAUCUUACAAAUGCUACAAUUCUCAUCUCUCUUCUUCAACCAGCUCCCGAAACCUUUGAACUUUUCGACGAUUUGAUCUUGAUGGCACAGAAAAAGAUAGUAUAUCAAGGUCGUCGUGAUCAAGUUCUCAACUUCUUUGAACAUUGUGGAUUCAAAUGCCCCAAAAGAAAAAGCAUUGCCGAUUUUCUUCAAGAAGUGCUCUCAAGGAAAGAUCAACCACAAUUUUGGUAUCGUAACCAAACUCCUUAUACAUAUGUUUCUAUCGACACAUUGAGUAGAAAGUUCAAGUGUUGGAAUAAUAAUAAUAAUAAUGAAAGAAAGGUGGAAGGGGAGAAUUUGAAACCCUUUGAUAAUGAUCGAGAAGAUCAGUAUUAUUCAAAAAAUGAUGAUGGUAUUUUGUUGAAUAAUACUGGGCAGAAGAUCAAUAAUUAUAGUGUUUCUAAAUGGGAAGUGUUUAAAGCUUGUGCAUCAAGGGAAUUCCUCCUCAUGAGAAGAAAUUCAUUUGUUUAUGUCUUCAAAAUAAGUCAGCUUUUCUUGAUUGCUUCAAUCACAAUGACAGUGUUUAUAAGGACAGAAAUGAAAACAGAUGUUGAACAUGGAAAUUACUACAUGGGAGCCUUAUUUUAUUCUCUCAAUAUGCUCCUAGUUGAUGCAUUGCCUGAAUUGGCAAUGACUAUUCACAGACUUGAAGUUUUCUACAAACAAAAACAGCUGCUGUUUUAUCCACCUUGGGCUUAUGUUAUUCCACCUGCCAUUUUGAAGCUCCCUCUCUCUUUUCUUCAAUCCUUUCUAUGGACUUCUCUUACUUAUUAUGUCAUCGGUUACACCCCCGAGGUCUCCAGGUUUUUUCGACAUUUUCUUGUGUUGUUUGCUCUGCACGUAUCUUCAGUAUCCAUGUUUCGAAUGAUGGCUUUAGUGAAUCAACAUAUUGUUGCUUCUACACUUAGCAGUUUUGUAAUAUUACAAACCAUGAUAUUUGGUGGUUUCAUCAUCUCUCAUCCCUCAAUGUCAGCUUGGUUGCGAUGGGGGUUUUGGGUUUCACCAAUUAGCUAUGGAGAAAUUGGGCUUUCUAUCAAUGAAUUUCUUGCUCCAAGAUGGCAAAAGAUUCAAGGUUCCAACGUUACAAUAGGACAUAUAAUUCUUCAAAGUCGAGGACUUGAUUAUCAUCAAUACUUUUACUGGAUUUCACUCGCAGCUUUGUUUGGAUUUGCUCUCAUCUUCAAUUUUGGAUUUGCCUUAGCUCUUACUUUCCUUAAUCCUCCUGGAUCUUCCACUGCCAUUAUUUCAUAUGAAAAGCUCUCACAGUCUAACAUCAAUGCCGAUGCUAAUUCUGCCCAAAACCCUCUUUCUUCUCCUAAGACCUCCAUAGAAUCGACCAAAGGUGGAAUAGCAUUGCCUUUUAGACCUUUAACAGUAGUGUUUCGAGAUUUGCAGUAUUAUGUGGACAUGCCAUCGGGAAUGAGAGAGAGGGGUUUUACUCAGAAGAAACUCCAGCUUCUUUCUGAUAUUACAGGGGCUUUAAGGCCUGGGAUACUCACAGCACUGAUGGGUGUCAGUGGAGCUGGGAAAACAACUUUGCUUGAUGUUGUUGCAGGGAGAAAAACAAGUGGAUACAUCGAAGGAGAAAUCAAAAUUGGUGGUUUUCCAAAAGUUCAAGAAACAUUUGCUAGGAUAUCUGGUUACUGUGAACAAACCGAUGUACAUUCUUCACAAAUAACUGUUGAAGAAUCUCUCUUCUUUUCUGCUUGGCUCCGUUUGGCACCUGAAAUUGACUCAAAAACAAAAGCACAAUUUGUGAAUGAAGUCCUUGAGACCAUUGAACUUGAUAGCAUAAAGGAUUCCUUAGUUGGGAUACCUGGUGUCAGUGGUCUAUCAACCGAGCAGCGUAAACGUUUAACCAUAGCUGUGGAGCUUGUUUCCAACCCCUCUAUCAUUUUCAUGGAUGAACCUACCACUGGUUUAGAUGCAAGAGCAGCUGCAAUUGUCAUGCGAGCAGUCAAGAACGUGGCUGAUACUGGAAGAACGAUAGUUUGUACCAUCCAUCAGCCAAGUAUUGACAUCUUUGAAUCUUUUGAUGAGUUAAUUCUUCUGAAAACUGGCGGUCGUAUGAUCUACUAUGGACCAUUGGGACGUGAUUCAAAUAAGGUCAUAGAAUAUUUUGAGCAUGUUCCCGGGGUUUCAAGGAUUAGAGAAAACUACAAUCCUGCAACUUGGAUAUUAGAGAUUACCUCUUCCGGUGCAGAAGCUAAACUUGGGAUCGAUUUUGCUCAAGUGUAUAAGAACUCUUCUCUAUAUGAGAACAACAAAGAACUUGUUAAGCAGCUGAGUGCUCCACCUCCUGGUUCAAGAGACUUGCAGUUUUCGAAUGUCUUUGCACAAAAUUUCGCUAGACAGUUUGGGGCUUGCCUUUGGAAACAAAACUUGUCUUAUUGGAGGAAUCCUCGCUACAACUUGCUGCGUAUCUUGCAUACUGUUGCAUCAUCUUUGAUUUUUGGGGUACUAUUUUGGAAGAAAGGAAAAAAGCUAGAAAACCAACAGGACUUGUUCAACAACUUUGGCGUAAUGUUCGCUAGCGUUGUUUUCAUCGGCAUUUACAAUUGUUCAUCAGUCUUUCCUAAUGUAUCAAGGGAGAGAACUGUCAUGUACAGGGAAAGGUUUGCUGGAAUGUAUUCCUCAUGGGCUUAUUCACUUGCACAGGUGAUUAUUGAGGUUCCCUACGUAUUUGUACAAGCAGCUAUCUAUGUUAUUAUCACUUAUCCAAUGAUUGGAUUCUACGGCUCUGCAUGGAAAAUAUUUUGGUGUUUCUACUCAAUGUUCUUUGCCCUUCUCUAUUUCAAAAACCUUGGGCUGCUGCUUGUGUCCAUCACCCCAAACUAUCACAUUGCUACCAUUUUGGCCUCUGCUUUCUACGUCACAUUCAAUCUCUUUGCUGGCUUUUUAGUUCCGAAACCGAGAAUUCCAAGGUGGUGGAUAUGGUUUUAUUAUAUGAGUCCAACAUCAUGGACUUUGAAUUGUUUGCUAACUUCACAAUAUGGAGAUAUAGACAAGACAAUAGUGGCGUUUGGAGAAAAUACAACAGUAUCAACUUUCUUGAGAGAUUAUUUUGGGUUUCACUACAAUCAACUUCCUCUUGUGAGGUUCAUUCUCAUCCUCUUCCCUGUUGUAUUUGCUUGUCUUUUUGGACUUUGUAUAGGAAGAUUAAACUUCCAAAAAAGAUGAUUAAACCAAUCUUCUGACGUUCCUGGAUAGCAAAUAAAAUGCUAGAUAUAUGAUUAUGUCUAUAGUUAUUGAA